GUCCAGUCUUCCUUUAUAUACUCGCUUUCCGCAAGAGAAAUUGAAACCCUAGAUUGGUUAUCUUUUUCCUUCUACAACCACCGCCUCCGCAGCCAUGACUAAGCGCACAAAGAAGGCCGGAAUUGUUGGCAAAUACGGAACAAGAUAUGGUGCCAGUCUGCGAAAGCAGAUCAAGAAGAUGGAAAUCAGUCAGCAUUCCAAGUAUUUCUGUGAAUUCUGUGGAAAGUAUGCCGUGAAGAGGAAGGCUGUCGGAAUUUGGGGAUGCAAAGACUGUGGCAAAGUGAAAGCUGGUGGUGCCUACACAUUGAACACCGCUAGUGCAGUCACUGUGAGAAGUACCAUCCGAAGGUUGAGGGAGCAGACAGAAAGUUAGAGCUCAUCUGUCUUUUGUCGUUAAGCUUCUUUUUGUUCUUGAAGAAGUAUAGCUAUACAGUACAAGGUUUCUUGUUUUGUUUUUGUUCUUCAACCUGUUAUCUUUGUUGAAGUUUGAUUUUAGCACGGUUGCCUGCCUAUGGUGUCUGAGCUUGAUCUAGCUUGUUGGAUUAGGAGGCAGUAGGUCAUUAUUAGAGUGUUAUAUGACUUGCCAGUCCAGAUAUUAUUCAAAGCUUAUUGGAUGCAGAUUUUGAGUCUUAAUAAUUUCUGUAAACUAGUAGGUACCUACCUUGAUAGUUACUUUGCUAUUUGUUCUUGGUUAAAGAAAUUUGGUAUGGCUUAUUCCUUGCUUGGAAAA